UGCAGCCUGUAUAGUUCUACACCACAACAGCGCGUGAAGAUUGUAGCCUAACUCAUUAAAAAUGACAUUUGGGGAAAUAUGCUUAUUUUUCCUCAGGCGUCGAGAGUCAUCUUGAAUGAACCAACAGAGGUAGCCUAUUUGAUAACUCUUUUUCCUUUCUGAUUUUUGUAUUUUGCACGUUGAAAUGCUGUAAGAGCAUGCGAAGUGAUUUGAAUACCUAACGUUACCGUUUGCUAUAGGGGAAAAAACACGUAUUCUUGGAUUCCCUCACUUCAUUCAAAUGUAUCGUCAUAAAUUAGCGAUGUUGAAAGUUGUCAUAUGGAUUUACCUGGCCGCCGUGGCACAUUCUCGGUCUUUGAAGAAGAGACAAACUUUAUGUCCAGAAGUGUGCGAUGCUUCCCGCUGUCCCCCGUUACCAGGGUCAUGUUACUACGGUGCCGUGAAGGAUUAUUGCGGUUGCUGCACAGUGUGCGGUGCUGGAGAAGGAGACAUCUGCGGGGAUGGAGGCCAUGGCAUUUGCGGCGAUGGAAUGACUUGUGAACACUCACCUGGCAAGCGCAAAUCUCGUGGUUUCUGCGUGUGCAGCAGCUCGGGGUCAGUGUGCGGUAGCGAUGGGAGAACUUAUCCAAGCCUCUGCAGUUUAAGAGCUGAAAACCGACGUGCUGAUCUCAAGGAUACCCCGUCAGUGAUUUUAGUUCAGAAGGGGCCUUGUGAAACAGGUUCCCAGAAUCCAAGCAGCAUGCGCUACAAGUUCAACUUCAUUGCAGAUGUGGUGGAUAAGAUUGCCCCUGCAGUGGUCCAUCUCGAGCUUUUCCGCAGGAUGCCAUACUCAAAUCAGGAGGUGCCUGUGUCAAGUGGCUCUGGGUUCAUGGUUUCCGAAGAUGGAUGGAUUGUCACCAACGCCCACGUGUUGUCAAACAAACAGCGCAUUAAGGUGGAGCUCCAAAAUGGCGCCCAGUAUGAUGCAACGGUUAAGGAUGUGGACCCAAAAAUAGACAUUGCCCUUAUUAAGAUAGAGUCCGAGAGCCCUCUGCCCGUGCUUAUGUUGGGCCGCUCAUCGGACAUUCGACCGGGGGAGUUUGUGGUGGCCGUGGGCAGCCCGUUCUCACUGCAAAACACCGUGACCACCGGCAUCAUCAGCACCACACAGCGCGGCGGACAUGAACUUGGCCUCAAGGACUCCGACAUGGAAUACAUUCAGACCGACGCUAUUAUCAAUUACGGCAACUCUGGAGGACCACUUGUUAACCUAGAUGGCGAUGUCAUCGGCAUAAACACUCUAAAGGUCACCGCUGGAAUUUCAUUUGCUAUCCCCUCCGAUAGAAUACGACAGUUCCUUACGGAGUCGUAUGACAGGCAAAGAAGAGGAAAGACAAUGCCAAAGAAGAGAUAUAUGGGAGUGCGGAUGCUACAGUUAUCACCUUCUUUGAUCAGGGAACUGAAGGAGCGUGAUAAAGAUUUCCAAGAUGUGACAUCUGGGGUCUAUGUCUACGAGGUCAUCCCAGGGACAGCUGCUGACAGUGCUGGCCUCCAGACCCACGAUGUGAUCACCACCAUCAACGAUCAGCCUGUACACAGCACGGACGAUGUGAGUGACGCCGUGCAGUCAGGGCAGCCUCUGUCCAUGGUGGUGCGUCGGGAAAACAGAGAUGUCGUCCUAACUGUAGUACCUGAGGAAGUAGAAUAAAUGCCACUCCAUUAGUCACCAGCAGCUGUGUGGGAUAUACUGUACAGUAUGUAUGUAUGUGUUCGACUUUUGUAUGUGCGACGCGAUCUGGGAAAACCCUUCACAUGGUGCAAUUUUACCAACUUAUGAUUCUGACGGCAUCCUAGCAACAUCCAAGAUUUUGGGAGGAUGGUAUCCAGGAUUUUGCUAGCGGACAGUGUUCAGAAUGUUGCUACAUGUAAGAUGAAAUCAGAAUCUCAAGUAGGUGAAAUUUCACCAUAGAGGGUUGAAACAACAAUAAUCAAGGAUUUUUGAGUGCACCAUGUGAAGGGUUUUCCUAGAUUGCAUCACACAUGUGUGCCAGUACUGUUAGUCCACAUGGGUGUGUAUUUGAAAAGUUAUGUUAGUGUGAUGAGAGUAUGUGUUAUGUACUGUAGCAUUGGUUAUAUCACUAAGAUAUGUCCUUAAAGUUGCUGUAUUUAGGAUCUGAGUUUUCUCAAAACGCACAAUUAUGUCCACAACAGCAAUCCUGCUUUGCUUUGCUUUGCCUUGUUAUGCUACAAUGACUCAUUAGUGCCAGAAUGGAGCGUGGAGUUGGUUUGCAAAUUUCUGGGCAACACGGAGCACAUUAACAUUAUGUGGCUAACUUCACAUUACAUUUUUAGUGUUUUAAACUAAAAUUCCUACAUAUAGCAUAAUUUAUCGCCCAAACGUUUCUUUCCAGGCAUAUUUGGCAUUCAGUGUACUCUUAAGACAUAACCCUACAGCAUUUUUGUAUGGUUGCCUGACAUAAUUUUACCGAAUGUCUAGGUUUGUUUACAAAGAUACUGUUCUUUAUAUUGGUGGUGACUGGAUGUGGUGGUGCAUUUUUUAGUGUAUGAACUAUGUGGAUUGUAUGGGCAUUUAUUAUUAACCAGAAAGAAGACA